CCCUCCAUCACUCUGCCACUUCAUACCGCGAUAUAUUGCAUCUGGUUCGGCGGGUGAAUAGCCUUGAACAUCACAAGCAACUCAACAGAAACAUAUAAUCUUAACAACUCAUAUAACCAUCACUCUACAAUGGCCUCCUCAGCACUCCCAUCAAACAGCCGCCUCGUUAACAUCGGCACUCACUCUCUGGCUCUCUACACUCAUGGCCCAGAGCCUAGUAGCUCCAAAGAUCCCGUCGUACUGUUCAUCUCAGGCGUGGCAAGCGAUGCCCUCAACUGGCAAGCAGUGGUGCGGUUGCUAGGGCUGCGAAGCUACACUUACGACCGUUCCGGCUAUCACAACUCAGAGUCCUCGCCGCUCGCUCCCUCGGCGGAGAACAUUGCUCUGGAGCUCUCCCUUCUGAUUGAGAAAGCGCCUAUCCAGAACCCUCUAAUCCUUGUGGGUCACUCCUGGGCCGGUGUGCUCACGCACGAGUACAUUGCCCUAAAGGGGAUUGACCAGAUCGCUGGUCUGGUGCUUGUAGACGCCAACCAUGAGAGAGCAUCACUGGUGAUGGGCGUGAACGAUCCAAUUUUAUGGACAGUUGCUGCGGAUGUCGAACCAUACUCUGCCUGGGGCGUGGAGGCGGAGCACAGGUUGACGCAAGAGGAGUGGGACGCAUUCAGGGCGGCGGAAGCAACUGAGAAGUUCAAGCUAAUCAUGUGCAAAGAGGAUGAGAAUUACAUGCCAAGUUUUGAGACACUGCGGAAGAAGGAGCUGAGCAAGAAGCAGCCACUGCUUACCGUCAAACCAGUUCAUGUGAUUGUGGGCACACGAAGCAGGGACUGGACAGGAUUGUACAAGGCGGGCGUUGCUAAAGGGAAUGGGACUGAAGAGCAGAGGAGCUAUGUGAGAGAGUUGAUCAAGGCAAUUGAUGCGAAGAAUGAGGGUCUUAUGAGAGAAUUCUUGAAACUCUCUACGAAGAGCGAGCUUGUCUUCGCUACCAAGAGUGGACACUUUGUCCAGAUGACUCAGCCGGAAAUUGUUGUCGAUGGAGUGAAAUGGGUCCUGGAUAACCAACCAGCCUCUUCUUAGUUGCGGAGAAUCAGUAAUUUUAAUACUAAGCACCCAAAUUUCGUGGACAGCAUCUAUGAUGUGAACAAUGGUGGAACGUAGCUACGUCAGAUGGAAUAAAAUGCAGUGGACAAGUAAGGAAAGUUCAGAGACUAGCGGAUAAAGGCAC